AUCCCACAUGGUUUUUGCAUGCGUAGCUACAGUUCGCUUUGAUGGACGAUGCCAGAGAGCUGCGUGCAAAGUCCUAUAGUAGACGCACACACACGGACUGCUAAAUAUUGAGUCUUUUUCAUUUGGGAUUCUGUGGUUUUGCGGAAGAAUUGAGACGCUAGAAUAAUGAAAAUGUUUUUGCCUGACACUUGGAGGAUAUAGUGAAGUGAAAACAAUUGCAAAUUUACUGGCAAAACAGCUGUUGCCAAAACAAGCAAACUGGACAGGUACUUGCAGAUACGAGCUACAAUCAUGAAAGAGAACUAUGGAGGAUACGAGAACCAGCUUUUCAAAGAUGAAGAUUUCACAGGAGAAGAGGAAGAAAUACCUUCAUUUAGAGGUCGGAGCAGAAGUGGUUGUGUGCGCUGUCAGCAGACCAGUGCUCUACAGCUGGCCAUCAAAGUCCUGUAUGGAUUUGUGGCCUUCCUCAUCAUCACCGUGGCAGUACUGGCUUCACUCGUAUUCAGAAAAGUGGAGAACCUCUCUGUAGAAGAAACCAUCUACUAUAACAAGAUCAACAAGGUGCAGCAAGGACUACAAGAUUUGAGCGUGGCCUCUAAUUGCACAGGAUGUUUGGAUGUGACCACGUACACAGAGGAGAUCAGCCGCUUGAAAAGAGAGUUCGAAGACAUCCAGAAAAUGAUCCUGGGACAAGAGCAGCUCCUGGACCAGUCCUCCCAAAUCCAAGCCAACCUGCAGGCUGCCAGUGCUCGUCUCACUCGAGAUGUUCAGAACCACCUGAGGGCCAUCAAGAUCUUGAACCAGACUUUAGACAGGUUUUCCAACCAAGUGCAGGGCUGGAGAGACGUGAUUGAGGAGACCGAGGAGAAGAUGAAGACCCUAGUAGAGGAUCAGGAUGAUGUGAAAGCUAUAGCCGAACAAGUCAACACUACUGUGGCACUAAGUACGGCGUGGAUUGAUGCCCUCCAAAGAAAGGCAGACGAGGAGACGUUGGUCCUGCAGAAACUGACUACAGACUGGCAGAACUACACCAAAGUCCUAGGUGACAUCAAGUCCAACACCAGUGCCACAACCCAGAACAUGCGCAACCUCCAGAACAGUAUCCAGGCCGACCAGUACCGCAUCGCUAUGGCCACUGUGAUCUUCUAUGACCUCACCCAACAGGUGAUGAAUCUCCAAAUGCAACUGGACAAUGUGACUUCAUUCAUGGACGAACACGAGGAGAACAUGCACGAUCUUCACUAUCAUUCAAAGUACUAUGAGAACCGCACAGGGGAGCGAUUCUCUGCCCUGGAUGGUCGUCUGAACUCUAUUGAGAUGGAGAUUGACACCAUCUCGUCCAGCAUCAACGCCACAGUGAGCCAUGUGCAGAGCAUGUACAAAUACAUCAGCAUCGAGAGCUCCACCUGCCAGAGCCGACUGGGACGACAGACUGAAGACCUACUGAGUCUGAACACCACCGUGCUGUUGCUGCUGAACCUAGCGGACUCCCUGAGACAACAGAACAUGCUUCUGAAUGUGCGCCUGGAUGUGGACGUCCGAAACCUGUCCAUGGUGAUGGAAGAAAUGAAGCUAGUGGAUGUUCGCCACACACAACUCAUCAAGAACUUCACUAUAGUCAAAGGUGCUCCGGGACCUCCAGGACCCAGAGGCUUCAAAGGGGACAUUGGUGCCAAGGGUCCAGCUGGACUAAGUGGGGGCAAAGGUGACAGAGGACCUACGGGAGGACGUGGACCUCAGGGAGAAAAGGGCAUCCCAGGACCUAAAGGACCUCCUGGAGAGCCAGGAACCAGUGGUACCAGAGGUGCUGCUGGACUUAAGGGAACCAAGGGGGGAAUGGGUCCCCCUGGCCCCAAAGGUGAAAGGGGAGAGAAAGGAGAUGUUGGUAAAAGUGGGGCUGAGGGACUUCCAGGAAAGGAAGGACCAAAGGGGGAACAAGGAGAUGAAGGUGCUCGAGGACCAGCAGGACCACCAGGACCUAGGGGUAAACCAGGACCAGUCGGACCACCCGGACCACCAGGAACCCCCGGGGACCCUGGCAUGCCUUAUUACUACCACCAUCAAACAGACAGCCAGACUGUGACUCCAGGAGUGGACUCAAAGAGGCACUGACAGAUUAAGUGGGACAGAAACAUAUUUGGAUUCACACAAAACACUUGAACAUGAUGUUAAAAUGAAUCUUUUGUGAUAUGUGAUGGUCAGUGUCAUUUUGAAUGAGUUUGUCAUUAUGAUACAUACAGCACCUACAUUUUAACUUUGAAGACUUCUUCAGUUUUUCAGUUAAAUUAGUAUGAGAAACUUCUAAAUGCAAACUACUAAAGCAAAACUACCCUGUUCGUUUUGACCGGACAAAGAGAUUUAGCUUUUAAUCCAACUGAUGGUACUCCCCUGUUUUACUUUCAUUUUAACAUUUCAAAUCAAUAGUAAAACAAAGGAUGUGUAUAUUUUGCAUUUUGUCAAAGCUGAAUGUACUUGAGAUCAUGAAUGUUGAAAUGCGAGUUUAGUUUUGUUCAAAGUUUCCAACAACAUUAGGUUUACAUUGUCCCUCACUAAAUAUAGCUUGCUAUGUACAGUCUUGUCAUGGUGGGUGUAUAAAGAUUAAUGCCGGGUGUACAUUGACUGCAAGUGCAUUGUGGUUCGGGACUUGAGUGGGUCCCACAAGACUUAGAAAGUCAUUCAAAUCAAUUCACCCUACCACACUGACCUCUGCACCUUGCCACACUGACCUCGGUGGAGUACGAGUGUGGAUCAGGGUGAGGCGUGGAUCUGCAGAAAGAAUCCGCAAGAAGUCAAUUUCCCUUGGACACUGCAGUAGUCUGGUGUGGUUUCAGGUCAGUAGACGUUUGUGAACCCUCAUGAAACCACGCUGCCUUGGUCAAAUACCCACCAAAGUUGUUGUAGCAGGUGUAACAGUUUGCAAGUAUCCAGCUCAAAGUAUGUGCCAGACAUGACCUGCAGUUAGAGUAACCCCAACUCUAUAUUAGCGUUAUAAUUUUCAGAGCAGGCUCUCUGGGAGUGUGUGAUUGAAGAAGCAUGACUGUUUUGAAUAGAGCAGUUGGUAAGAAAUAUCAUUGUGAAUGGACUUCAAAAUUUGAAUCCUUUAGAAUUUAUAUAGAAUGUUUUUCUUACAGCAAAAACACGGAUCAGGCAUAAAAACAUCCAACAGUUUUAGAUCUGCAAAAAUGAAAGCUAAGGGAUUUCAAUUUGACUGGAACCAUAUUCUAAUGGAGAAGUGUUUAGGUCAUGUCCAAAACUGUAGUUCUUUGGGGAUUUUCCUGAUCAGUACCAAAAGUGGCCAAAGGAAACAGUGGCUUAAAUUGUAUACACUAUUUGCAUGUGGACCACUAAUAAGUAGCUCAUGUUUUUGCCUGAUCUGAGAAGCCUAUAAUGAAAUGACAUGUUUUUCGGGUGUUUUUUUGUUAAGUUUACUACCAUCUGGUUUAGAUUUUGUUUUUAUUUCUGUUCUGAUCACACAGGCUUAAAAUGGAUUUAAUAGUAAUCGCCUAUAGAGAAAAGGAUCGUCUUUAAAAACUGUUGUCAUGACAUGCGACUGGUUUGCAUUGAACUUCAAUAAAAGUUUUGGUCAAACA